AUGGCCUUGCAGAUCCCUGUAGGACCCAGGCCUGGGUCCUACAGGGAUUCGCUUCGUUUGAACCCUGACGGCCAUUGGCCAAGGUUCAAACCUUGGCCGAUGGCCUUGAAGAUCCCUGUAGGACCCAGGCCUGGGUCCUACAGGGAUAUGACAAUCGAUUCUCGGGGCCGGGGUAAACGGGCCCCGCCCCCUCGGGAGGCUACAUCCUUCCACCUACCUGCCCCUCCCUCCCUCCCAACGAUUCCUAUCCCCAACCACGACCUCGGUCUUCGAUCGACCGAACUACUCAACACCACCACCCCGACGAACCGACCGAGACCCGUCGAGGCACCCGUGACCACCCCGCCCCCCUGA